AUGGAUCUGCACCAUCGGAAGUCCAGUUCCCAGGACAUGGUGACGUUCCCCGAUGUGGCUGUGAUCUUCUCCCCAGCGGAGUGGCUGUGCCUGGACGCCUCUCAUCGGAAACUCUACAGAGAUGUGAUGCUGGAGAUCUACCAGCACCUGCGGGACAUAGGACAGUGCAGCGUGAAGCCUGCACUGAUCUCCUGGUUGGAAGAAAGAGCCCUUGGCAAGCUGCAGAGAGGUGUGUUUGAAGUAUGCAGAGAACCAGUUCAGAAUUCCUCCAAUCUACAAUUUACUUUUAGAAUGAGAUCUCCAAACAGGAAUGAGUUGGGAAGAGGCACGCCAUGUUGGGUUGUGAAUGAUCCUGUGCUGUUGGAUCCGGUCUCAAGGGAACUGCCCUGCCAGUAUCAUGGUGGGAGAGAGGACUCAGAGGUCACCUAUUCAAUGGGGGAUCGGAUUGAAGAGAGCGAUCCCUCUGAUGGUACGCGAGGUGGAUUCAGUCUGAGACAACUGUCACACCGGAGUGAUCCAAAGGAAGUCUGGACAGGAAGCAAAUGUCAUAUAUGUCCCGAGUAUGGCAAGGCCUUCACUUACUCUUCGUCCCACACUGAACACAUGAAUAUUCAUAUAGGGGAGAAGGCUUAUGUGUCUCAGGAGUGUGGAAAUAUGCAGAGCAUCCGUUCAGAAUGCCUCCAUUCUACAAUUUCCUUUCAGAACGAGAUCUCCAAACAGGAAUGUGUUGGUGAGAAGCCUUAUUCAUGUCAGGAGUGUGGAAAGGCAUUUGAUCAAUCCUCAGACCUUAACAGACACAUGAAAAUUCAUACAAGAGAAAAGCCUUAUUCAUGUCAGGAGUGUGGAAAGGCAUUUGCUCAAUCCUCAGCCCUUAACAGACACAUGAAAAUUCAUACAGGAGAGAAGCCUUAUUCAUGUCAGGAGUGUGGAAAGGCAUUUGCUGAAUCCUCAAAGCUUAACAGACAUAUGACAAUUCAUACAGGAGAGAAGCAUUAUUCAUGUCAGGAGUGUGGAAAGGCAUUUGCUCGAUCCUCAGCUCUUAACAGACACAUGAAAAUUCAUACAGGAGAGAAGCCUUAUUCAUGUCAGGAUUGUGGAAAGGCAUUUGCUCGAUCCUCAGCCCUUAACAGACACAUGAAAAUUCAUACAGGAGAGAAGCCUUAUUCAUGUCAGGAGUGUGGAAAGGCAUUUGCUGAAUCCUCAAAGCUUAACAGACAUAUGACAAUUCAUAUAGGAGAGAAGCCUUAUUCAUGUCAGGAGUGUGGAAAGGCAUUUGAUUGAUCCUCAGACCUUAACAGACACAUGAAAAUUCAUACAAGAGAGAAGCCUUAUUCAUGUCAGGAGUGUGGAAAGGCAUUUGCCCAAUCCUCACCCCUUAACAGACACAUGAAAAUUCAUAGAGGAGAGAAGCCUUAUUCAUGUCAGGAGUGUGGAAAGGCAUUUGCUGAAUCCUCAAAACUUAACAUACACAUGACAAUUCAUACAGGAGAGAAGCCUCAUUCAUGUCAGGAGUGUGGAAAGGCAUUUGCUCGAUCCUCAGACCUUAACAUACACAUGAAAAUUCAUACAAGAGAGAAGCCUUAUUCAUGCCUGGACUGUAGAAAGGCAUUUGCUCGAUCCUCAUACCUUAACAUACACAUGAAAAUUCACAAAAGGGGCCGAAGUGUAGCUUGGAGGUAA